AUGUCUUCAGAUGGUAUCAGUGUCCCCUGGGGUACCAUCACUGUAAUUGAGAUCAUUGCCUUUACUCAAUUCCAUGUGUCUGCCUAACAGGGUGACCCCAUUCCAGAGGAACUCUAUGAAAUGCUCAGUGACCACUCCAUCCGCUCCUUUGAUGACCUUCAGCGCCUGCUACAUGGAGACUCCGUAGAUGAAAAUGGAGCUGAGCUGGACCUGAAUAUGACCCGAGUACACUCUGGAGGCAAGACAGAAAACUCAUCUCGAGGGAGGAGGAGCCUAGGUUCCCUGGCAGCUGCAGAGCCUGCUGUAAUUGCCGAGUGCAAGACUCGCACAGAGGUGUUCCAGAUCUCACGGAACCUCAUCGAUCGCACCAAUGCCAACUUCCUGGUGUGGCCACCCUGUGUGGAGGUGCAGCGCUGCUCUGGCUGCUGCAACAACCGCAACGUGCAGUGCCGGGCCUCACAGGUGCAGAUGCGACCGGUGCAGGUAAGAAAGAUUGAGAUUGUGCGGAAGAAGCCAAUCUUCAAGAAGGCCACAGUGACCCUGGAGGACCACCUGGCCUGCAAGUGUGAGACAAUAGUGACCCCUCGGCCUGUGACUCGAAGUCCUGGGACAUCCCGGGAACAGAGAGCCAAGACGUCUCAAACUCGGGUGACCAUUCGGACGGUUCGAGUCCGCCGACCCCUCAAAGGGAAGCAUCGAAAAUUUAAGCACACACAUGAAAAGGAGGCACUGAAGGAGACUCUCGGGGCCUAG